AUGUCCUUACUUCAACAUAAUAACAACCAGCCAUCGAGUUCUCCAUCAAAAUCAUCCUUGAGAAGAGUCAGCGGCACAGGUGGCAGCACUAAGAGUCCUGCGCUGAAGAGUGGUAGCCUAGGCCCAACCACACAUUUCGCAUCGGAAGCAACCCAACAUCACUUCCUUCCACAUUCUCCACCUAAUCAAACCCUUGACUAUGAAGAGGAAGACGACGAACUUGCCACAAACGAUGACGAUGCUUCCUACCAGACUGCGCCGCAGCCUCAACGACCUUUUCAACCGUUCUUUACCCUGAUCGAAGAUACCUUGAUGAACGAGCACUACCAUCCUACGGUCCACUAUAUCUUCGCCGACGAUGAACCAGACAUUAUCACUGAGGCAGCUUGCAGAAGCCUAGAACAAAAUACCAAUGAGUCGAAUCAGGCGAGUACCGCCAUACAGGAGCAUGAAAGUUACGAUGUGGAGCAAACAGAGUCUCGCCUACCACAACCUCAAUCCGGCUUGACAGAACACUACCUCAUCCUCGACAUUCAGUCCACACCUCUUACCAUGGCUCCAGCAUCUCAGCAACAGUUUUCAGACCGCCUACCUAGUCCCAGCCCCAGCUCAUUCGAGACAACACAGGCUUUAGCAAAGACGUACCCCUACACAGUCACAGCUACACAGUCGCUCUCAGCAGACUGGCAGAUCGUUCGUACGAACAUUACCAAUGCUCCUACCAUGAAUGCCGAGCAGCGGCACCCGGACGAACAGCACCUAAUGCUCCGUAUCGAAGGACGAAAGAACAGUCCUGAUAAGCUUGUGCAACGCAGAGACGGAGAGUCAAUGGAAGAUAUGAUUGAGCGCUUUCGGACUAGAUUGUCCGAGAUCAGACAGCUAAUGGUCGACCUUGACGACGAAAGUGAACAGCAGCAGGUCGUUGAGGAGGAGGGAGGCGAUAUGUUUGCCCAAGGAGGCCUCGUAGGUAUAGGCUUCCAGCCAACUGGCUUCGGCAACGCUGUACUAGAUGAGCAGGACUGA